GCCAACACCCAUGAUGGUCCACACCUCAUUAUGAACAAGGGCCAAAAGAUUUCGAAUCAACAUCAACUGGUCAAAUGUUUGGCCAUAUAAACUCGUAUGACAGAGACAUUCAUGGAGAUUCUCCUCUACCCAUGCACAAAUAUUUUACAGUAUAAGCAUCACUUCUCUACCAUACGCAAAGAUUUUAUCCUGCUAAAAUAUUUUGCCGUGUAGAAGGAAAAGUUUCGUAAAGUGGGUAGGCCUUAUCUUUGGUGUUUGGAAAUCAAAGUAAUCAUCAUCACCUUGGGGAUGAUUUCAAAACUGGUAAAAUUUAAUAGUUUUGAAAAGUAUCAAAGUUUGGUGGGAAUGUGAAUGUGAUAAUGCUUAUUUUGAAAUGUAAAUCCUGGUGGGCCGCAGUAGGUAUCGAGGUUUUAAUAUGUACGGUAAUGGUGCUGCUGUUUCUGUCAUCAGACGGGGAAAAUGCUGUGCAGAGUGUUUGAUUUUUGUCUCUAGGGAAAAGUGUCCUUGGAGUUGGAGUUGGCGUCAAUUGACGAGUAUUCGUCUGUCGCGUUUGCAGCCUACAUAGAUUGGAAUGCGGUGGAGGUAAAGAGAUCCGGCGGGUUCAGGACGAACUGGAGAGCGCAGGGCUCAAAAUUGCUUUUUGAUGUACUAUAAAUCCGGUGAAAUCGGGAGAAUUUGAAUUUUCUUUGUGGUCAGAAAGGAAGGCUGAACGGGAGCUUUGGCUAAGCUGUCAAUGAAUUUGCGUAGGAUUGAGACAGGCUUUGCUUUUUCCGUGGAAAGAUUUGCUAAUUUGAGCUGCGAUUGUUAGUUAAGGACUAUCUUUAGCAUCUCUGCUAGAAUUUGAGGCGGUGUUAUAGAUAGACAACUGUGAACUGGAUGCAGCUUUGAUACGAAUCCAUGGAAAUCAGAGCUUGAAAAUGGUGAAUAAUGCUUAAAAUUGAGUAUUAUUUUGAGAAAUAGUGAUUAAUGCUUAACAUUGGCAUUAUUUGGACUUUCCUUAAAAGUAUGCAAUAAAAGCUGUCGGUUUGGAAGACUUCAAGCAUUUCUACAAACUUGUAGAGUAAAGCUGUUGAAAAAGCUUCCGAUUAAGGCAACGUUUGAGUUUUUUCCGUGAAGCUUGUGAACCUGUCCCUAUACUGAGGAGUUAAAGCUGUUUGAAAAGAUCCGGAUUCCGUGAAAUUUGAGUUGAAAAGUGAAGCAUCAGAUUCAGCGAACUUUGAGGCUAGCAGAAAGCUUUUUUGCUUGCCUGUUGAAGAUUCGAGCGGUUGAAGAAGAUCACGUUUUCGGUGAACUUUUAGGUUCACUGAAAAACGAGUUGAAGGUUCCGGGCGAGUGUUUGAUGUUAAAAAAUGGAGUAAUAUUGAUAAGAUUUUGAAGGAAAUCUUUGUUGAUGGCGAGAGAGAAAGGAACCAUGGAGGAUUUUAUCCGCGGAGGAGGAAAAGUUCGAAAGAGAGGCUCUUCGUCGUCUUCGUCAUCCACAAUACUGCAGAAUGUGAAGCUGAAACGUGCGAUUCUGGCAGGGAGACGAGGAGGCUCGAGCACGCCGGUACCGAAUUGGAAAAUGUCUUCAGAAACGCCUCCAAUGGCGUCUUCGCCAUACCCGCCUUCACUCAGUGGUAUUGCACGUGGUAACAGGGUUUCCGUUUCUGCAAGGAAAUUGGCUGCUACUCUUUGGGAGCUUCAGGAAAUACCGACCUCGUCUACAGCGGCAGUAGGCAUACAACAAGAUAAGAAGGUUAAGAAGAGCUCACGGAAUGGCGAUUAUUACAAAACCAGAAGCCGCGAGAGAACGCCGUUGCAGUCUCAUUUCUUGCCUCCGCAUUUGUCUGAUCCAUCUCACAGUCCAAGCUCUCUGACAGCAGAUCGAUCUGGGACAGGCAGCCUCAGAAGACAAAUAGCUUCUCUGAUACAGAGAAAUGGGCAUGCUCGAAAAAAUGGUGGAUCUUUGCAGCCUUUACGAUCCCCAAGCAAUGUGAGCUCAAUGGAGAUAGAGACCCGUGAUCGGCCUUUCACCCCUUCAAGUUCCCUCCUGGGUUUGAAGGUCAAGUCAGGGGAAUCAGGCUAUAAUCUCACAACCUCUUCUGAGCUGUUGAAGAUUCUAAACCGUAUAUGGAGCCUUGAAGAACAACAUUCAUCCAGUGUCUCAUUGGUAUCUGCUUUACGAUCUGAAUUGGAACAUGCUCGGGGGCGAAUCCGGGAAUUAAUGCAAGAACAGAGAGAGGAUCGUCACCAAAUUGAUAGCUUAAUGAAAAGAGUUGCAGAAGAAAAGAUGAUUUGGAAAACCAAAGAACAAGAUAAAGUUAGAGCUGCCAUUCAAACAGCAAGAGAAGAGCUGGAAGAUGAAAGGAAAUUUAGGAGGAAACUGGAGAGUGUGAAUAAAAAGCUUACACGAGAGCUGGAUGAAACAAAGGGGGCACUUGCAAAAGCACUGCAAGAUUUUGAGAGGGAACAGAAAGCUCGGGAACUAAUGGAAGAAGUUUGUGAUGAAUUGGCAAGGGAAAUUGGAGAAGACAAGGCUGAGGUGGAGGAACUGAAACGUGAGUCUGCUAAGGUUUGGGAAGAGGUUGAAGAGGAGAGAAAGAUGCUUCAGAUGGCAGAGGUAUGGAGGGAAGAAAGGGUUCAGAUGAAGCUAGCAGAAGCCAGGCUUGAGCUUGAAGAGAAAAAUGAAAUUCUAGAUAAGCUAAGAAGUGAGCUAGAGGCAUUUUUGAGAGCCAAAAGGGCAAAUGAUUUGAAGAGUGAGGUACGAAACAGAAUUGAUGCAAGGGAAGCAGAGCUACAGAGAGAUUCAAUGAAUGAGGUUAAAAGUGCACCUCAAGGGAUAGAUGAUGAAGAUUCAGCUGACAGUGAUCUUCAUUCAAUUGAACUUAACAGAGAAACAUUGGAAGAUAAUACUAGAGCCUACAAAUGGAGUUAUGCUACUUCUGGGAGAUCAGAAGAAACAAAGGGCCGUAGAUCAGAUCAGAGGGCAAACUUGAAUGAAGAAUCAAAAGGUCGAAGAUCCAAUGACCAAAGAAUUCAGAUUGAAGACCAGAUGGGAAAUACAUGGCAUGGGAGCAAAGCGCAAAUAUUGGAUAGGCUUAAAGGCAACAAUUCUCUUGACAAAGAGAGGAUGGCAGAAGGAAUCGAAUGGGAUUUUACAAGUAGUUCUCAGUGGAUUGAGAGGAAUAUUGAGUCAUGGGACGAUGGCCAAGAUCAUGGGAAACCCUCAAAAAAUGCCACUGAGAGUCUGGCCAGAGCUGACAGUCUGACUGAGUCUGAAUGCAAUGGUGCAAAGCAGGAUCAGGACAAAGCAAGGCGAUUUAAGUCUGUUGGUGGUGGCAGAGAUCAUUUUGUUAGUUCUGCAUUAGUGUCUGCACAUGGCUCUGCCAGCCCAACCCGACAAUGGAAUCAUCACUGGCCUCCUCCUGAUCCUGGAAGUGCAAGGAUUGGAAGAUCAAAAGGUGGUCCAGAUUGGGCCAAGGGAUCACGAGAGAACACUUUGAAGGCAAGACUACUGGAAGCUCGUUUGGAAGGUCAGCACACACGUGCAGGUAGAUCAAAAUUUUUGGAGUACAAGUAGAUGGAGAGAAAGGAACUACAAAAGAGUUAUAUCUUGGAAAUGCUGUUUUCUGCGGGAUCUGUUCCAUUCCUUAUGACACUGUGCAUAGACUAUUUUAUCUGGAUAUAAUAAUAGCAAAAGCUUUUGGAACUUAUUAACCAACAUUGCUCCUCUUUUUUAAUACUCCAUUUAGAUGCCAUCCCUCUCCUUAUUGACCUUGAAUUCCUCUCGUUUCACCUUUCUCCUCUGGAGUGGCCUGUUCUAGUCAAUACAGGCCAAAUCUCCACUAAAGAGAGGCUACAAAGUCAGAUGAACAUGUGUCUAACCCAAGACCACACCACCCCGGUGUGGUCUUUUGGUGUGGAUUUACAUUUAUAAGUAAAUGACAGAAGGAUCCUUUUUUAUUGUUGUACUUCCACAACACAAAAUCUAUUAAUAAGUUGGAUCCAAGCCCGAGUCUCUGAGAUGGCAUUAAAUGAGAAUCAGGGAAAUGUUCAACUAUCCAGUGUGUUAAAAAUGUUCCCAGGUUUCCAAAUACCAUAUCUGAACUUGAAUCGAAGAGAUCGGCACUACAGAUAGAAAUCUGUAACUGUUUGUACAUUAUCUACUUUUUUGAGUAAGAAACUUAUUGUUCGUUUUGUAUA